AUGUACUUUCUCACAUCAAAAGUCCCACCGACUCGAUUGUCUCACAAGACAAUUAAUGAGGCAAAACUGAAAAAAACUCAUUUUGGUCUAGAAUUUUCUACCCUGUUCUCUUGCUUGAGUGUCAACCAGACGGUGUUUGACCACUUAUUGAAGAGUGAAUUGUGCAUAAUAUGGCGUGAAAUACCAUUUAUCUGGCAGAUUUUUUAUUUAUUUAAACAACUCAAUGGACUUUCAAGUCAAUUUGGGACUAUAAUUCUACUUACCAUGCAAAGUAGUAAGUGCAGUGCCAAUGGGCACGUCGUGAACAUGGCUGAUGUUUCCUUCUGGUAUUAUUGCUUUCCAGCCCUCCCUACAGCAUCUGGUUCUUUUAUAUUGAUAAAACUUGCGGAAACAGGACCGUGUGAUUUAAUUGGAACUAGAAUUACACACUUCAGAGAAUAUAAGUUAAUUAAAAUGAACAAGCCAAUAAAUAAGGUCGUUAGCCUACCUCCCAUUCUAGCAUCACAGAAUGAAUUAAUAUUCUUGUCUGUUAGUACAGUUUCCAAGGCAAUUUUUUUAAAAAAAAGAUGUCCAAAAAGUGUCGGUUUUAAAGGUGUUCCUUUUUUGAAGAAAGCAAUGAUAUCAGAUACAUCAGAAUUGUUAUGCCGACAAACAUUUGAUUGGAGAGGAGAAGACACCUAA